GCGCGGGGUUCCUUCCUCGUGCUCGGCGUUGAGACCCCGCGACCGCCGUCACCGCCGCCGCGGUCGUCUGUGCCCGGCCUGGCCCAGCCCAGGGGUGCGCCCCGCACGAGACAGAAAGGAGACACCAUUUCUCCUGAUACUGUGAUAAUCCCGUGUGGUGCUGGGGCUUGAAUCUGACCCCAUGAAUGGCAAGGCACAUGCUCUACUGGGUGCACCUCUGCUUCCUCCAGCUCGGAUCCUCACCCUCCUCAACCCUGCUCAUCAGAGUCCUGCUGGUGUCCCCAGAGCAUGGGAGGUUGCUAAGCUCACGUGGAGGUGUCCGGCAGGAGCUGCACUUCUCACCUGAGGGCACGGAGGGCGUCCAUGGCUGCAGCUAACAAGGGCAACAAGCCCAGAGUCCGGAGUAUCCGUUUCUCAUCAGGCCAUGACACCGAAAGCUCCCAGAGCCAUGUCCACUUUGAUGAGAAGCUGCAUGACUCAGUGGUAAUGGUCACCCAGGAGAGUGAUAGCAGCUUUCUGGUCAAGGUUGGCUUCCUGAAGAUCCUGCACAGGUAUGAGAUUACCUUUACUCUGCCCCCAGUGCACAGACUAAGCAAGGACAUCCGAGAGGCACCUGUCCCCAGUCUCCAUCUCAAGCUUCUCAGCAUCAUGCCCAUCCCAGAAGGUUACAGUGUCAAGUGUGAGUACUCUGCGCACAAGGAGGGCGUCCUCAAGGAGGAGAUGCUGCUGGCCUGCGAAGGUGGUGCUGGCACCUGCGUGCGUGUGGUGGUGCAAGCACGAGUCAUGGACCGGCAUCAUGGCACCCCCAUGCUGUUGGAUGGUGUCAAGUGCGUGGGCGCUGAGCUAGAAUACGACUCGGAACACAGCGACUGGCAUGGCUUCGACUGAGGCUUCUCAGCCUUAAUCCUCACCUCAUCUCCCCAAUCGCUGUGUGAUGGUGUGGCUUCCCUGUCCCUGCCUGGAGUGGGCAUGGUGGCUUAGUGGCCAGGGGCCUCCAAGCAAGGGCCUUUCUCUUGCCUCACUUCUGCCUUCAUUUGUGCAGCCUCCCUGCCUCUCCUGUGUUUUCCUCGGUCUCCUGCUCGAAUAAAUGAGUUGAACCCCUCCAAGGAGGCUACCUGAGGAGGGAAAUGGGGAGAGGCCUGGGGUAGAUAUGCCCACCUCAAGCCAUAAGGGCUCCAGUCAGGGCCUAAGAGUGGAGGGAGUUGGCUGUGCUGUCAUGGUCCCAUUACUGCUGCUGACUCGCUUUAGCUACUUGUCCUGCCCCCACCCCUUGCUGUCUACAGUGAGUAGGAAGGAGGCUCAUCUCCAGCCCUACCUCCCAGGUCUGUGUUUGAUUUUUUUAAAAACAAACAAACAAACAAAAAAAACUGGUUAGUAUAAAACCUUAAAGAAAUAAAACUACCUGUGGCUACCAGA